CCUCUGUGAGCUCACUUCCCAGGGCCUCCGCCCCGGAGAAGGGCUGGGCCUGGCGUGAUCGUCGCGGGGAAUAUCUCUCACUCGGGUAGGGGGACUAUGGAGCAGGGGCUCUCCGCUUUUUCCUUGUAUUGCGCCCCAGUCGCUGCCGCCGCCGCCUACGCCAUGGAUCAGGAGCAGCUGAAUGCAAAUGGAGACAGAGGCUUUGAGAAUGUGGAACUUGGAGUCAUGGGAAAAAAGAAGAAAAUUCCAAGAAGGGUCAUCCACUUUGCAAGUGGUGAAACUAUGGAAGAAUAUAGUACAGAUGAAGAUGAUGAGCAGCAAGAGAAAAAAGAUCUGUUGCCUUCUGUUGAUCCAGCAACACUGACAUGGGGACCUUAUUUAUGGUUUCAGAUGCUAAGAGUAGCCACGUCGACACUCUCAGUGUGUGACUUCCUUGGUGAAAAGAUUGCCUCUGUUUUGGGCAUCAGUACACCAAAAUACCAAUAUGCCAUAGAUGAAUACUACAGAAUGAAAAAGGAGGAGGAGGAGGAAGAGGAAGAGAACAAAAUGUCAGAGGAAGCAGAAAGGAGGUUUCAGGAACAACAGAAGCAUAGUCAAGAAGGGAUUGCUGUUCAGACAACCCAGCCGAGGGAUACAGCCUGUAGUACAUUCAUGAAUCUCAAUUUUGAAACUGAAGACGACCAUCAGUCUGUUGUAGGAAGUAAACGAGAUUUUACUGCAGUGUCUGCUUAGAAUGACAUAUAACAAUACCAUUUCUUGCAUUGUCAAACAUUUGUAGGUCCUUUUUUGCAUGUUCAAUGGAAUGUAAUUUAUUUAAAAGUAUGGCCAUAAGAGAGCUAUUAAUAUUACUGUUUCUUCAGUCCAUCUCUGUCUAAUAAAGGCCAAGACGUCUUGCUUAAUCUAUUAUGAAAUGCAAAUAAUUGGGUCCUAUUUUGACCUUUCUAUGCAGAACAAGUAAAAGGUCUUUCCUGAGCAUCCGGUGCCUUGAUGAUAGUUGUGGACUGAUAACUCUGCUUCUUUAUAAUUUAAAAGUCUAUUAUGUAUUCAUAACAUUACUGAAAGCUAGGUGGAAGUUUUAGACUAACUGGAAAAUAGGCACCUUUGUGAUUUAGUCUAAUUACACUGUUGCACAUGUGUAUAGCAUGUCCAGCAGCCAUCUUAUUCAUGUGGUUUUGUUAAUGCCUGUUUAAGUAAUGGUCUAAAAUUCGUCUGAAAAUUGAUGGACAAGCUUUGCAAGUUCAACAAACAAGGAUCUAAAGAGUACCAGUUGGCUGACAUUAUAUCUCAGGCUUUACGAGAUGUGAUAGAAAAGAAUUCCACUAUUCCAAAGAGUUGAUGCUUAGUCUACAUCAAUAUAGAAGGUGGUAUGUUGAUGAAUGUAAACACUGAGCAAAAUUUUACAAAUGAAUGUGCCCUUCAUGAAGUAUGAUUAUUAGUACUGUAUGUUCAUUGCUUCAUACCUACCACUAUUCUGACCUUAAAAAACAGAAUCAAUCACAUGGUAAAAUGUAACAUCUUUGAAAUGUUUAUUUUUAAUUGGAAGAAUUGCCUUUUAUGACAAUUGUGAGUUUUCAAGCUAAAAAUCUGUUCUUCACCCUGAGAAACACUGAAAAUCUACUGUAAAUGGAAAUUUUCUGUAGGACAAUCCAAAAAACAUCUGCACCACAAGGUAUAUAGAUAAGAGAUCAGGGCCGAAAGGGCUAUGUGCAUGUGGCGUAAAGUGUGAGGCAUAAAAGUGGUAUUCAGAAAAAUUGUUCUGCUCCCUAAGCACUUUCUGGGUGUAAUUACACACUUCAGUAGUUUAAAAUUGUCUCUUUAGUCUCUUCUUAAACAUAUAAUUUGUAUAAAUCAGCUGGAAUUUAGAAACUGCAGUAUCCUGUAUAGUGCUAACAGAGUACAGAAAAAUGGCAUAGAUAGUGAAUACACCCUCUUGCCUUCAUUGUCCUAAGCUGAUCAGGAGAAAUCUCACCUAGUGCGCUGCUCCUUCUUUUGGUACUUUUUUAAAUGCUUGGACAGCUUUCUCUUAAUAUAUGCAUCCAUUCUGGAUUAGAAAAAUGAUAGUUGUCAGCUAUAAAUUGUGUAACAUAAUUAUUCAAAUCACUGUACAGGAUAAAAAAACCUAAAAGGCAACAUAGUUAAUAAACUGAUUACCUUGCUCUAAUUUUUGCUAGUCAGAAAUGUUCCUAUUAUAUUGAAUAGGGUAGGGUUUGUUGUCAUGAGGUUCUUCUAGUCAUUGUGCCUUACCUUUUAAUAUUUUUUUCAGAAUAUGCAAAUGAUAUAAAAUGUUUCUUUUCUUGUAAAUGCAUUAAAAUGUAUAUUUAAUAUAAUUAUGAUAGUUGAGUCCAUGGUUGUUGUAACAGGACUGACAAAUGAUGUUAGAUAUCUAUUAAUAAUUGGAGCAAAAACAGUGCCAAAA